CUCACCUGUAAAGAAGUAAAACUUUAUAAAGGAAAUAUAUACAUAUUGAAAAUAUGGAAUCAGCCGUGCAAGAGAUACUUGAGGCCCUGGCGAUACUGGCCGACGACGAAAAUAUCCAGCUGACCAUCGAGGAGUCCAGCAAGGGAGCUGCAAUUUGCGCUGGGGCUGCGCUGAUCGGAGGUUUACUGCUGGGCCCCCGUGGACUGGCAGUGGGCGGGGUCAUCGGUGGUCUCACCGCCUACGGACUUACGGAGGGAAAGUUUAAGCCCCUGAGUGAGGUCAUUUUGAAUGAUUUGACGGAAAGUCAGCGUCGAGAAAUGAGGCAGCACGUGAUCAGGGCUAUAUCCGAUGUAAGAAAUGUCCGGGUUGAGGAGGUCGCAAGACUAAUAUUGAAUAACCGGCAAGUGCAAAGGGUUGCACUCGACGCACUAAAGUCUUUUAUCACUGAUCGUAUGGGAAGGACCAUCAUUGAUUAAGCAUUACUAGAAAUAUUUGUUCAAACAAUACUACCAAGUAUAAGUUGUUAUAACAGAACUUUUUUGCUGAACCACCGAACCAUUUUUAGCGCGUCGUAUAACUUCAUUAGUGACGUCAAUAAAGUAAAAACCA